CCUCGCCCGCCGCCGUCUCGCCCUGCUGCCGAGGCUCCCCCGCCGCCUGCGCUCGCCCGCCGCCGCCGCCAUGGCCAACUAUAUCCACGUGCCGCCGGGCUCGCCCGAGGUGCCCAAGCUGGACGUCGUCGUGAGCGAGAGGGGCCCCGCUUCGGGGGCGGGAGGCGGCGGCGGAGAUGGAGAAGGAGGAGGAGGCGGGCCCGGCUACCGCCGCGGGGCCCUCCGUCUCCUCAGCCAACUGAGGCCUGCUUGGAAGCCCGAGGAGGUGACGCUGAAGGUAUUUACAGAUGGAAUCACCAAUAAGCUUAUUGGCUGUUACGUGGGUGAGGAAAUGGAUGAUGUUGUCCUUGUUAGAAUUUAUGGAAAUAAAACAGAGCUGUUAGUUGAUCGAGAGGAAGAAGUGAAGAGCUUCCGUGUGUUGCAGGCCCACGGCUGUGCUCCACAACUUUACUGUACUUUCCGCAACGGCCUGUGCUAUGAGUUUAUAGAAGGUGAAGCACUGGAUCCGGAACAUGUUUGCAACCCAGAGAUUUUUCGGCUCAUAGCCAGACAGCUUGCUAAAAUACAUGCUAUUCAUGCUCACAAUGGAUGGAUCCCCAAGUCUAACUUGUGGUUGAAGAUGGGAAAAUACUACUCUCUCAUUCCAACAGAAUUUGCUGAUGAGGAGUUGCACAAAAGGUUUAUAGCUGAUGUACCAAGUCCUCAAAUCCUUCAAGAGGAAAUGGCGUGGAUGAAAGAGAGGCUGUCCAACCUGGGUUCCCCAGUGGUACUUUGUCACAAUGAUCUGUUGUGUAAAAAUAUAAUCUACAAUGGAAAACAAGGUGACGUUAAGUUCAUUGACUAUGAGUACUGUGGAUACAAUUACCUGGCUUAUGACAUUGGGAACCACUUCAAUGAGUUUGCAGGAGUGAGUGAGGUGGACUAUAGCCUCUAUCCAAGCCGAAAACUGCAAGAGCAGUGGCUGAGAUCUUACCUGGAAGCCUACAAGGAGUAUAAAGGAUUUGGGACAGAUGUGACUGAGAAAGAGGUUGAGGUGCUUUACGUCCAAGUCAACCAGUUUGCUCUGGCCUCUCACUUCUUCUGGGGAUUGUGGGCCCUGAUUCAAGCCAAAUACUCCACCAUCGACUUUGAUUUUCUUGGGUAUGCAAUUGUUCGCUUCAAUCAGUACUUCAAAAUGAAAAAUGAAGUCAUGACAUUAAAACUUCCUGAGUAACAACUGAGAGCUUCAGUUAUCUACAUCUGGAUCAGAUUCCUUAAAGUUUUUUUUUUUUUAAUCCGAGUACAGAUAAUGGAAAAAGCUAAACAUUUGUUAGUUUUGUAUCGUUCCUAUGGUGGUUUUUUGCUUUUCAUUGCCUCUAAACAACAAUCUCUAUUAAUGUUAAACCUAAAAUGAGGAUCUUACUGCUGUUGUAGAAGGAAUAGAAGCAUUAGAUUUAUAAAACAUAGGGAGAGCAAAUUUAAUCUUUUCUCUUGUAAUUUUUAACGUGAAAUGUGAAUUAUUUAUUAUGAAUUUAACAUUCCAUUGCUGCUUUUCAUCAGUUCUCUUCAAGGGAGGGGGUGUAGGCUCUAAUACUGUGAAGGACUUCGCACAUCUUAUGUUACAUCGACAUUAACUUACGAGCAACUUCAGUGCUCUUGCAGACUGUGUGCAAAACCUGUACAUGAACAGAAGCAGUUUGCAUUAAGUGCAAUUCAUUGGUGCUGACUUGGGUUGCUAGGAGAGGAUGGGAGAUAAUUCCCAUGCUGAUACUUCUCCAAGCUCUACCUCAGUACUGUGAAAAAAGACUGGACAUCCUUCUUACGUAACAUACAGAUGAUUUUUUUUUACAGAGGUCUACUCGCUCAUGAAGAAAAACAUGCCACCAUAUAGUUACUGUAGAUGCUUUCAUAUUGUUGAAGGCAGCUUCUAGCUUCAAAUGCAAGCUUUAAAUGACCACUGUUCCAGAGUGUCAUUGUCAUUCCCCUCCCUUAAAAAAUGAUCCCCCCCC